UAAAGGAAUAAGGAUGGGGUAGAGGAGGAGUAGUAGUCUCACUGUCUCCACUUAUCUUCCCAUAUUUUCAACUUCAUAUCCUCCUCCAUCCACUUGUGUUUUCUCUCAACUUCAAACCCAAAUAUCAUUGGUUCAAUUCACAACAUAUAACAUAUAUGCAUGGUUAUGACCUAAAUAUUGUCUUGAUUUCAAGUAUUACUUGUUCAUGAUGCUGAUUUGAUCAGAACAGAUUGGAUCUUCUGUUUGUUUGUGGGGUUAAGUUGUUGUGUCUCCAAGCAAUCAAUGAUUUGGUUUUAAAGCAAGAUUUGAUCUGUGGGAGAUGGGAAAGAAGAAGAUACCCAAGAAAAGGAAAGAGUUAUCAGUAGCCAUAACAGAAGCAUCAUCAGCUGCAAGUGGAGAGCAAAUCACAACUCCAAGAAAGAGAGGAAGGCCAAGAAAGGUUGUGGAGAAAACUGAGGAGGAUGUAGAAGAAGAAGUCAAAGAACCAAAAGAGGAAAGUCAACAGGAUUUAGAGGGAGAAAGUGAGUCAAAGAAGGCAAAGUCAAAUGAAGAAUUGGUGAAGAGUAGUAGUAGCACUCAAGAUCAUCAUCAUCAUCAUCAUCAACAACCAAGAAGAAGCAGAAGAAAAAGCAAACCCAGAAAGAGCAGCUAAGCAGAUUGAGUUUCAAAAGGUAGCUUUCUUUGUUUCAUUUGCUGAUGGGGAUUCAUUAUUUGGGAAAUUAAUUAUUGGUUUUUAUUUAUUUAUAAAGAUUAAGAAGUUGAUUUAUGAGGAGGAUGUUGGUCUCUCUUGCU